AUGGCAGUCAAGCACGAGAUGCUAUCAGAUCAGUUGGAGACGCUGAUCAAAGGCGGAAGCCAGCCGAGGAUUUCCAACUCUGAUGGUUUGAAGAAAGUGUCCAAAGCGUGGAAUCGAUUGCUCAUCUUGACCCAUGAGGCCAGUUCAGAUGUAGUCAUCGACUCGCGCCGUGUGACCUAG